CGCUCGCCCGUCCGUUCGAUUCGACGACACCUUCAUUUUUAUUUUCUUCCUUGUGUAAUAAGAAGACGACUAGUGGUAACAAAAAGAUUCGCUCCCUACGCGACGCCCCGACCCCGAUUCCCUUCGCUUCCUACUCCUUCCUCUUCCUUGUUCCUUCCUUCCUUCCUCACCCCACGAACGCGCACACCAACCUUUCCCAUCCCUAGCUGCUGCCCUUCCAUCGGAUCCACGGAUCGAGACCUGGCACGGCGGCGGAGGACGGGCCGGCGGAGAUGGAGGUGGACCACGCGGACCGCGACGGCGCGCGGCGCCGGUGCCGCGAGUACCUGCUCGCGCUCGAGGAGGAGCGCCGCAAGAUCCAGGUGUUCCAGCGGGAGCUCCCUCUCUGCUUCGACCUCGUCACCCAGACUAUCGAGGGGAUGAGGAGCCAGAUGGACGCCGCCGGCAGCGAGGAGACGGUCAGCGACCAGGGCCCGCCGCCGGUGCUCGAGGAGUUCAUCCCGCUCAAGCCCAGCCUCUCGCUGUCCUCCUCCGAGGAGGAGAGCACCCACGCCGACGCCGCCAAGUCAGGCAAGAAGGAGGAGGCCGAGACGUCGGAGAGGCAUUCGUCGCCGCCGCCGCCGCCGCCGGAGGCCAAGAAGGUGACGCCGGAUUGGCUCCAGUCCGUGCAGCUCUGGAGCCAAGAAGAACCCCAGCAGCCAUCGUCUCCUAGCCCAACUCCUACCAAGGAUUUACCGUGCAAGCCGGUGGCGCUGAACGCCAGGAAGGCCGGCGGAGCGUUCCAGCCGUUCGAGAAGGAGAAGCGCGCCGAGCUGCCGGCGUCGUCGACCACGGCCGCGGCGAGCUCGACCGUGGUCGGAGACAGCGGCGACAAGCCCACCGAUGAUGACACGGAGAAACACAUGGAGACGGACAAGGACAACGACAAGGACGCCAAGGACAAGGACAAGGAAGGCCAGUCGCAGCCUCACCGGAAGCCUCGCCGGUGCUGGGCGCCGGAGCUCCACCGCCGCUUCCUGCAAGCGCUGCAGCAGCUGGGCGGGUCCCAUGUAGCGACGCCCAAGCAGAUCCGGGAGCUGAUGAAGGUGGAUGGCCUCACCAACGACGAGGUCAAGAGCCAUUUGCAGAAGUAUCGUCUACACACGAGGAGGCCGAGCUCGACGGGGCAGAGCAGCGCCGCAGCCGGCGUCCCCGCCCCGCCUGCGCCGCAGUUCGUCGUCGUCGGGAGCAUCUGGGUACCCCCGCCGGAAUACGCUGCCGCGGCCGCCGCACAGCAGCACGUGCAGCUUGCCGCCGCCGGCAAUAAUGCGUCCGGGAGCGCCAACCCCGUGUACGCUCCGGUGGCGAUGCUGCCGGCAGGCUUGCAGCCGCAUUCGCAUCGGAAGCAGCACCAGCAGCAGCAGCAAGGACAGAGACAUUCCGGGUCGGAAGGCCGGCGGAGCGGGGACGCCGGCGAUGGCAGCUCGUCCUCCCCGGCCGUCUCGUCGUCGUCGCAGACCACCUCCGCUUGAUUAGUGUAGAUUCGUCGAUUACAUCAUUAUAUGUACGUAGUACGAGAGUGCAUCACAUCAAAGUGCAGCUUGAUUUUGGAGCUAGCUAGCUUAAAUUAAGGGUUAAUUACUGAUUGCUUCGUGAUCGCACACACCACAUUUGCUGUUUUGUUUGUAAAAAAGAUAAUAAAAUACAUAAAUAUUAAGGAAACUCCAUAGACAUUAUUCUCC